UUUUCAUUAAGAACAAUCGUUUGUGGUCUAAAUUCACCUUAAUCACCCCAAGUUUAUAAAUAAUGCAGUUAAAAAAGUCCAGGUGGUUGACCGGGCUCUAGGUACUUUAUGUCAUUGUUUGGUUUUCUCCAGCCGGUCCUCGUACCGGAGCACAAUUUGCUAAUUAAUUCAAGCACAACUAAAGUAAAUUUGUUGGAGUGAUUUUCGUCCCGAGAAUUGUGUGCACAUCGAGAACAGUUCGUAGUUGGCCUUGCGGAGUGACAAGACUGCCCGCCGCCGCCUUGGAUAUUUCAGUUUCGUUUACACGUCUUCAGGUGACCAUGUAAGACUUUCUUCGAAGUGACCCCCCAGCCCCCUUUCGAAGAUACAAAAUUUCUACAAAAGUUAUGUAUGAGGUGACCUACUAUCAAAGGAGGCACACAAUUUCGGCUCUUGUCAAAAUCAGACAGUGACACUACCACUGAACGAGUCCACGAGUCAGUCCACCUUGAACACAAUGGAGAUGAUGAACACUGACGAUGACAGUUUAUGCGAAGACUCAGGUAACGAAACCAGCGGCGACGACGUCGACUUUAACGUCGAAGUGGAGACCUCCGUCCCCAAAGAGUCCCAAUCGUACGAUGACGAGUACCAGUAUGAAGUACUCUCAACCAGCGAUAUAGUUCAGUACAUGUCAGAUAUUAUAGAUGAAGUGAACAGCGUGCUGCAGCUGCCGCCCACAACCGCGCGCAUUUUGCUGAACUACUUCCACUGGGACAAAGAGAAGCUGAUGGAGCGGUUCUUCGAUGGAGACCAAGACGAGCUGUUUAAGGAGGCCAACGUUAUAAAUCCGUUCAAGAAAAUACCCGUGACGGGGAAACCAAAGUUGUCUCUGAAGAUUAGAGGGACUGAAGAAUGUGAUAUUUGUUUUAUGGUUUUCGCCCCUUCGCACAUGACGGGGCUGGAAUGUGGCCACAGGUUCUGCUAUCAGUGCUGGAAUGAGUAUCUCACGACGAAAAUUGUCGAGGAAGGGGUGGGACAGACCAUAGCGUGCGCCGCUCAUAAUUGCCCCAUUUUGGUGGACGACGAAACUGUAAUGAGGCUAGUCAAAGAUACCAGGGUUAAAAUUAAAUAUCAGCAUUUGAUUACUAAUAGUUUCAUCGAGUGCAAUCGGCUGUUGAGGUGGUGUCCAAGUCCUGAUUGCAACUACGCCGUCAAAGUGGCGUACGUCGACUUCAAGCCAGUAGUCUGCUGCUGCGGCCAUAUCUUCUGCUUCGCCUGCGGUGAAAACUGGCACGAUCCAGUCAAAUGCAGCCUCUUAAAAAAGUGGAUAAAAAAAUGCGACGACGAUUCCGAAACCUCGAACUGGAUCUCUGCCAACACGAAAGAGUGCCCGAAAUGCGGCGCCACGAUCGAGAAAGACGGCGGUUGCAACCACAUGGUGUGCAAGAACCAGAAUUGCAAGGCCGAUUUUUGCUGGGUCUGUUUGGGCUCGUGGGAGCCGCACGGCAGCUCGUGGUACAACUGCAACAAAUACGACGAAGACGAAGCCAAAGCGGCCAGAGACGCCCAAGAGAGGUCGCGGGCUGCCCUCCAACGCUAUCUUUUCUACUGUAAUCGAUACAUGAACCACAUGCAAUCCUUAAAAUUUGAACAUAAAUUGUAUUCUUCAGUUAAAGAUAAGAUGGAGGAGAUGCAGCAGCAUAACAUGAGCUGGAUCGAAGUCCAGUUUUUGAAAAAAGCGGUUGAUAUUCUGUGCAAAUGUCGGCAGACAUUGAUGUAUACGUACGUGUUCGCGUACUACCUCAAGAAGAAUAAUCAGUCUGUGAUAUUCGAAGAUAACCAAAAAGAUCUGGAGAGGACGACGGAGUUGCUGAGUGAGUACCUAGAGAGGGAUAUCACUCAGGAGAAUCUCGUUGAUAUUAAGCAGAAGGUGCAGGAUAAGUAUAGGUAUUGCGACGGGAGGAGGAAGGCCUUGCUAGAUCACGUGCACGAAGGAUACGAGCAAGACUGGUGGGUCUGCAAGGAAGCUUAGAUAAUUAAUUUCAAGUUCAGAAUCGGUCCUCGAACCUUAGUAGCAUUUUUUAAAUUAAAUUAAUACAUUUUUUUAUUUCGUU